GCGACUUCCCUUUAUAAGGGCGUCCACUCCACCUGCCUCUCAGAGACACCCGCAGGCGGAUCCGGGUGUCCGGACAGUGGGGACUGAAGGAAUCUAGGGUCGCGCCAUGCCCGAAGGCGAGGAGACGCUGGACCUGCCUGCGUGGAACCGCGCACCGGACCCAGCUUGGGGUCCCCAGCACAGAGCUGCAAUGGCGUCUCUUGAUUCUGAGGUGAAGGAAGAAUGUCUGAGGGAAGACCUGAAGUUCUACUUCAUGAGUCCCUGUGAGAAAUACCGAGCCAGACGCCAGAUCCCAUGGAAACUGGCCUUGCAGAUUUUGAAGAUAGUCAUGGUAACCACACAGCUUGUUCGGUUUGGCUUAGGUAACCAACUGGUGGUGGCUUUCAAAGAAGAUAACACUGUUGCUUUUAAGCACUUGUUUUUGAAAGGAUUUUCUGGAGUUGAUGAAGAUGACUACAGCUGCAGCAUAUACACCCAGGAGGACGCCUACGAGAGCAUCUUUUUUGCUAUAAAGCAGUAUCUCCAUCUAAAGAACAUUUCCCUGGCCACCCUUGAUUAUGGAAAAAGUGAAGACAAUAGAACUGGCUUGAGAUUCUGUAAGCAGCACUACAAGAGCGGGGCCAUGUUUUCUUCUAACGAGACCCUGAACAUUGACAGUGACAUUGAGACAGACUGCACUCACCUGGACCUCCAGGUGCUCACCAAGGACCCCGAGGACUGGGCACAGGCAUCGUUCUUCAGGCUGGAUUUUCAUCGGCUCGUGCAAGUGGAUAUCUCCUUUGCCCUCAAAGGAAUUGACCUACAGGCAGUUCACUCCCGAGAGGUACCAGACUGUUACCUCUUUCAGAAUACGAUUACCUUCGACAACACGGCCCACAGUGGAAAAAUCAAAGUCUAUUUUAACAGCGAGGCCAACAUAGAAGAAUGUAAACACAUGAACUUAUCUGGGUCUCUUCAGAGAAGCACCCACUACGUCCUGGUGUUUGAUGUGUUUGUCAUUGCGAUCUGCCUGGCAUCCCUUAUCCUGUGCACAAGAUCCAUUGUUCUUGCUCUGCGGCUGAGGAAGAGAUUUCUAAACUUCUUCCUGGAGAAGUACAAACAACACGUGUGUGAUGCUGACCGGUGGGAGUUCAUCAAUGGAUGGUACGUCCUGGUCACUAUCAGCGACCUCAUGACAAUAAUUGGAUCCAUAUUGAAGAUGGAAAUCAAAGCCAAGAACCUCACAAACUAUGACCUGUGCAGCAUCCUGCUCGGGACGUCGACGCUCCUUGUCUGGGUUGGAGUCAUCCGAUAUCUGGGUUACUUUCAGACGUACAAUGCGCUCAUUUUAACCAUGCAGGCCUCCCUGCCCAAAGUCCUCCGGUUCAGCGCUUGCGCCGGUUUGAUCUACCUGGGGUACACGUUCUGCGGCUGGAUUGUCUUAGGACCGUACCACGAGAAGUUUGAAAACCUGAACAUCGUUGCCGAAUGCCUGUUUUCUCUGGUCAACGGCGAUGACAUGUUUGCCACGUUUGCUCAGAUCCAGCAGAAGAGCCUCCUGGUGUGGCUCUUCAGCCGUCUCUACUUGUACUCCUUCAUCAGCCUCUUCAUCUACAUGGUCCUCAGUCUUUUCAUCGCGCUCAUCACCGAUUCGUACCACACCAUUAAGAAAUACCAGCAGAAUGGGUUUCCUGAAACGGAUCUGCAGAAAUUCCUGAAGGAGAGCGGUAGCAAAGAAGGGUACGAGAAGGAGCCGUCGGCCUUGCUGCCCUGUUUCUGCUGUCUGAGGAGGAGAGGAAGUGAUGACCACUUGGUUCUCGUUGACUAA